CUGAUGAAUGGAAACAAUAAGAAGUCCUUAUAAACCUGGGGGAUCAACUUGCAUUGAGCAGCCCAGUUCUUUGCUUUUCCUUACCACCGGGGGGUGCUAUGUCUUUUCUCUUUUGCUGGUAAAUUAGUGUUCAUGAUCUCAGUGAAAUUUCCUGUGUGCGUACAACUCUCGCUGUCUCACUGUGUGCAAGAGCUACCAGAGGAGAGCAAAAUACUGAGGCCAGGUUUGCUCCGCUUCCAGAGUUUGAAGAGGGGUUUCUUCCCCCCGAGGAGCAGAAUGGACAGUGUGUGGAAGGACUGGGUGCUUCUCACAGUCCUCUGCUUGGGUUUCUACCAAGAACAAGUGAUGGCUUUCAUGAUCACCGCUCCUUACUCACUCUACAUCUGCCCCGAAGGACAGAAUGUCACCUUGACGUGCAGGAUCUCUGGGCCACUCUCUGACCAGAAUGACCUACUUCACAAAACGUGGUUUUUCAGCAGCAGUGGGGACCAAAACUGCUCUGAGAAAAAACAUAUUCGCAACAUCACUGAAAGAGAGCUGCAUGAAGAAUCAGGGAAUCACCAUGGACCAUCAAGCAACAUCACUGGAAAGUAUCUUCAUGGGGAACAAGCAUACCACCAUGGGCUGGCAAGCACCUCAGACCAUCAUGGGACAUUUCAUAUCAUCAUGAUGAACCUGACACUGCAUGAUAGUGGAAAUUACUGCUGCUAUGUGAUAGAGUUUAAAAAGCAACAUGGCAAACCACACACCCAGCAUGUGGCUCAUGGCUUCAUGGAACUCCGCAUACAGAAAGGCAAAGAAGCACUUCAGAACUGCAUGUAUUAUCCUGCUGCCAGCAGAGGUAGUGAAAGUAAGAGCUUGCUGCAAUGUUGCCUGUCAUCCUGCUCUAUGUAUUUUUCUAGGCAGAGGUGCUGAUUAUACAUACCUUGUUUGCCAUUAGAACCUGAGAAAACAAAUCCAUCUAUAAGAUACAAGUGCCAGUUACUUGUCUGGGAAGUUUAUUCCCUAAUUUCUAUUUAGCACUUGACAGGGGGAUGUUGUGCCACCUGCAAAAUCUCCUCUGUCCCAGACUAUGCCAGCUACAAGCAAUUUCACUCAGACUCACUGGGAGUCACUCACAGCUUGUGCUGGGAAAACUAGAACUAUGAAACAAAGCACUUUGGGCCAAAUUCUCUUCUGGUAUAAAUAACUAUAGCACUAUGGACUACACCAGGGGACAAGUUGGCCCAGAGACAGCAGCCCCUGUCUACAUUCUUGUUUGUAUUUUACUGCGCCCACUCUAAACUCUGGUUAGUAUUAUUUCACCCUGUACUUGAAGCCUUAAUCAGCCUUUAUGUUUACACAGAACUCAAUUUAUUUCAAUGGGUGUUACUUUCUGUGGUUAAAUGGCAUGUUAAGGCCCCGCCCCAUCAGUAAAUUUGAAAGUGGAAGUACAAUUGCUAUUACACUCUGGCCCUAAUGCUACUUUUUCCUUUGUCUCUUUCUCUGCUUGAGUAUAUUCAAAGAGUUUUGUGUACACUUUUU